AUGUUUGACGUCCAACCCAACGGCAACCCACUUCAGCCCAAGAAGGAGUUCUAUAACGAAUUGUUGGAGCAAAUCAAGGCCAUCGUAGAAGGACAACGCAAUUGGGUAACCAAUCUCGCCAAUGCUUCGGCCGUCAUUUACCACGAGUUGCGAUCGUUGGAGCACUUUCAAAAGAAGCCAUUGAACUGGGCAGGUUUUUAUGUGGUGGAUCCAACCAACGCCGAGAAGCUUAUUCUUGGUCCUUUCCAGGGCAAGCUGGCAUGUACAGAGAUCCCAUUUGGGAAGGGUGUUUGUGGUGCUGCAGCCGCUACACAGCAAACUCAAGUCAUCAAAGACGUUCAUCAAUUUCCAGGACACAUUGCAUGUGAUUCGGCAUCCAACUCUGAGAUUGUUGUUCCUAUGAUGGUGGAUGGCAACGUUAUUGGUGUAUUGGAUAUCGAUUGCGAGGAGACAGAAGGAUUCAAUGAUGAAGAUCGUGUUGGAUUGGAGGCCAUUGUACAAGUACUUGUCGAGAGCUGUGAAUGGAAGCAAUAA